UUGUGUGUCACCCCACCAACCAAAAAUAAUAACAAAUGGCUUCUUUUCUUCCAUGGCUGCCAUGGCUUCUCGCCGCUCUCCUCUCCGUCUACCUCCUCGACCUCCUUGCACACUCCCGCCGCCUCCUCCCGCCGGGACCCCGCCCGCUGCCGCUCAUCGGCAGCCUGCACCUGCUCGGCGACCAGCCACACCGCUCGCUCGCCGGCCUCGCCAAGAUGUACGGCCCGCUCAUGUCGCUCCGCCUCGGCGCGGUCACCACGGUGGUCGUCUCCUCGCCGGACGUUGCCCGCGAGUUCCUGCAGAGGCACAACGCCGCCUUCGCCAGCCGGUCCGUCCCCGACGCCACCGGUGACCACGCCACGAACUCCGUCGCCUGGCUGCCCAACUCGCCUCGGUGGCGCGCGCUCCGCAGGAUCAUGGCGGCGGAGCUGUUCGCGCCGCACCGGCUCGACGCGCUCCGGCGUCUCCGGCGCGAGAAGGUGCAGGAGCUCGUGGACCACGUCGCCCGGCUGGCGGAGCGCGAGGGCGGCGCGGCGGCGGUGGACGUCGGCCGUGUCGCGUUCGCGACGAGCCUGAACCUCCUCUCGAGCACGAUCUUCUCCCGCAACCUCACCAGCCUGGACGACCACGGCGAGUCCAUGGAGUUCAAGGAGGUGGUCGUGGAGAUCAUGGAGGCCGGCGGUUGCCCGAACGUGUCGGACUUCUUCCCGGCGAUCGCCGCGGCGGACCUGCAGGGAUGGCGGCGGCGGAUGGCCGGCCUGUUUGCGCGGCUCCACCGGGUGUUCGACGCGGUGGUGGAGGAGAGGCUGAGCGAGCGCGACGCCGGCGAGGCCAGGAAGGGUGACUUCCUCGACGUGCUUCUCGACGUCGCGGCGCGGGACAAUGACUCGGCCGGGCUGGACCGUGACACGCUCCGGUCACUGUUCACGGUAACACGUACACGUGCAUGCUUGUUACUGUCGGUUCCAUUAAUUCCUUGAUUUUUCUUCAAUGGCGCGCGAAACUGUUUUAAAACCUCAAGGAUGUUAUAUCUCAUUUGUCUCAAAUACAUUGAAAUACUUGUAAAAAAAGGAAAAAUAUUAACAACAUUGAUACAAUAUAUAUGCACACAAGUAAAAAAACCAUCAUAGGUGCCGGAGCCGGUUCCCAACCGGCACCAA